UUUAGGCGAAAUCCAAUUGCUGCGCAGUUUGGCAUCAGCAGCCAUCGACAUCGCACAGCUCGGCACAAUUUCACGACAUUCACAGUUGCGUUAUUCACAGUUUGCCAUUGAUUUAUAGUCGACAAGAUGCCCGUCUACAAGUUGCAUUACUUUAACAAUCCGCGUCAGGGUCGUGCCGAAUUGUCCCGGCUGAUCCUCAGUCAGGCCGGCGUCGAAUUCCAGGACAUCCGUUUUGCCCAUUGCGAAUGGCCGGCCAUCAAGCCCACCACGCCCUUUGGCCAUGUUCCCAUCUUAGAAGUGGACGGGCGGGUGCUGGCCCAAUCGAACACUAUUGCCCGAUACCUGGCCAAGAAACACGGUCUGGCCGGGCAGGACGAGUGGGAGGAGGCCCUGGCCGACAUGUACGCCGACAACAUUCACGACCUGUUGAAUGCUGUGGCGGUGCCGUUCGUGGAAAAAGAUCCUGUGAAGAAGAAGGAACUGUACCAGAAUUUCAUGCGGAUAACCAUCGCCCCUCACGUGGCCGCCGUUGAGAAACAAUUGAAAAAGAACAACACGGGAUAUCUGGUCGGCAAUCAGCUGACCUGGGCGGAUCUGGCGUACUACGCUUAUUUCUCCGAUUUCCUCGAAGUGAAAUUUGGCAGCGCCUUCUUGAAAGCGGCGCCACGUUUAAAAGCCCUGAUCGAUCGCGUCAAAGCUCUGCCCAACGUUCAAAAGUGGACGGCCUAUCGGGACGCGACCUACCCGGAGGAUAAAGAAUAAAUCAAUAAAAUACGACCCUGAUGAUUAAUUAAUCAUAUUAUAUCAAUAUUUAUCGUCUUGUAAUUUAUCGUUAGAAAUUGGCGUAUUAAAUCCUGACCCAAAUAUCCAAUUACUAAUUCAAUCACCACGUUUAUAAUAAUUGUCACCUGUCAUAUACACACGCCACAAUAAAGUAAAUGCACAAUAAUAAUUAAUAAACAAGCUAU